UUUUUUUUCUUUGUUUUUUUUUUGUUGUUAUUAUCAAACACGCUACACUAUGAGUGAUUGGGAGGACGAAAUCGAUGUUCAAAUUGCUGUUCCCAAAAAGAACCAAUGGGAUGACGAAGAUGCCGAAGACAAUGUCAAAGAGUCUUGGGAAGAUUCAGACCAAGAAGAAACCGAAAUGCCCAAGAAAGCUGCACCUGUCAUCAAAAAGAAAGUGCCCUUAAAGCAAAAGAUUGCCGAGAAACAAGCUGCUGAAGAACAAAAAAAGAAGGAAUUAGAAGCUAAAAAGUUGGCCAAAGAACAAGAACCUGAAGAAAGUGACUAUGAACGUUUGCAACGUUUGCGUCGUUUGGAAUUAGAGGCUGAUAUGGCCAAUGCUACAGACCUUUUCUCGGGCGUCACGGUUGCUGACAUGAAGGAUAAGCCUAUUGAAGAAUGGAAGCCCAAGAACCGUGUUGAAUUGGAUGCUUACCGCAAGAAAGUGGUGGAGAUUGUCACAGCUGCUUCUAAAUCCAUCAACUAUGGUUGGUUUAUUGAUGAACUGUUACACGACAUUGCUUAUCCCUUAAAGGACACAGAAGUCAAAAAAGUAGCUUCUUCUUUGACUGUCAUUGCAAAUGAAAAACAACGAUUGGCUAAAGAAGCAACCAAGAAGGGCAAGACAAAGGGAAAGCCUCAAUUGGUAGCUGCUGGUAAGAAUGCUGCUGCUGAUGAUCGAUAUGGUGAUAAUGACUAUGAUGACUAUGAUGACUUUAUGUAACUUUUUUUUUUUUUUUUUAAUAAAGUGACUCUCUUUUUUUCAUUA